AUGGGGCAGCGGAACAAGGAGGAGGCCAACGGAAAACCGGUCAAAUAUGACCCCUCCUUCCGAGGCCCCAUCAAGAACAGCCCACUCUCCAGUUCAGCAUCCCCCAACUCUCCAAUCUUGACCCCCCAGACGCCCCACCCCUAUUUCCCCAACUCAGGCUCCCAUUUCUCUCCCAGGGGCUGCACAGAUGUCAUCUGCUGUAUCCUCUUCCUGCUCUUCAUUUUGGGUUACAUCGUGGUGGGGAUUGUGGCCUGGGUGUAUGGAGACCCCCGGCAAGUCCUCUACCCCAGGAACUCUACCGGGGCCUACUGUGGGCUGGGGGAGAACAAGGACAAACCGUAUCUACUGUACUUCAACAUCUUCAGCUGCAUCCUGACUACCAACCUCAUCACAGCUGCCACAAAUGGCCUGCGGUGCCCCACUCCCCAGGUAUGUGUGUCCUCCUGCCCAAAGUCCUCAUGGACCGUGGUAGGAGACCAGUUCUUCCAGACAGUCGAUGAGGUCUUCUACGCUUCAAAUAGAAGCUUUUGUCUGCCAGGGGUGCCUAGGAAUAUGUCCGUGCUCCAAAGCCUGCAAGAAGAGCUCUGCCCCAGUUUCCUCCUCCCCUCCAGCCCAGCUCUGGGGCGCUGUUUGCCAUGGUCCAACAAUACACCACCUGACCUCCCUGGGAUCACUGGCAACAUCUCCCAGGGGAUCAGGUAUGCAUUCCGGUGCCACACAUCUCUACCCCACACCCCUUCCUUCCCUUCCUCCCCGGGACUCCAUCUGACACUGCCUCUUCCCAACAGCGGUCUUCUUGACACCCUCAAUGCCAGAGACAUCAGCAUUAAGAUCUUUGAAGAUUUUGCCCAAUCCUGGUAUUGGAUUCUUGUUGCCCUCUUUGUGGCUCUGGUCCUGAGCCUGCUGUUUAUCCUGCUUCUGCGCCUGGUGGCCGGGCCCCUGGUGCUGGUGCUGAUCCUGGGGGUGCUGGGUGUGCUGGCAUAUGGCAUCUACCACUGCUGGGAGGAGUACCGAAUGCUACGGGACCAGGGUGCCUCCAUCACCCAGAAAGACUUCACCAACCUCAGCGUCUACGGCAGUGUGCAGGAGACCUGGCUAGCUGCCUUGAUCGUGCUGGCCGUGCUUGAAGGCAUACUGCUGCUGAUGCUCCUCUUUCUGCGGCAACGGAUUCGAAUCGCCAUCGCUCUCCUGAAGGAGGCCAGCAAGGCUGUAGGACACAUGAUGUCUACCAUGUUCUACCCGCUGGUCACCUUUGUCCUCCUGCUCAUCUGCAUUACCUACUGGGCCAUGACUGCCCUGUAUUUGGCCACGUCGGGGCAACCCCAGUAUGUCUUGUGGGCACCCAAUGCAAGCUCGCCUGCCUGUAAGGAAGUGCCAAUGAAUGAGUCAUGCGACCCCAUGGCCCAGCAGGUGAACUCCUCAUGUCCAGGGCUGACGUGCGUCUUCCAGGGCUACUCGUCCACAGGCCUGGUACAGCGUACCCUCUUCAACCUGCAAAUCUACGGAGUCCUGGGGCUCUUCUGGACUCUCAACUGGGUACUGGCCCUGGGCCAGUGCGUCCUGGCUGGGGCCUUCGCCUCCUUCUACUGGGCCUUCAACAAACCCCGGGACAUCCCCACCUUCCCCCUGAGCGCUGCCUUCAUCCGUACACUCCAUUACCACACUGGGUCUUUGGCUUUCGGAGCCCUCAUCCUGACCCUCGUGCAGUUGGCCAGGGUCGUUCUGGAAUACAUUGACCACAAACUGAGGGGAGUCCAGAACCCUAUCGCCCGCUGUAUCAUGUGUUGCUUCAAGUGCUGCCUCUGGUGUCUGGAGAAGUUUAUCAAGUUCCUGAACCGCAAUGCAUACAUCAUGAUCGCCAUCUAUGGGAAGAAUUUCUGUGUCUCGGCCAAAAACGCCUUCAUGCUGCUCAUGCGGAACGUCCUCAGGGUGGUCGUCCUGGAUAAAGUCACGGACCUGCUGCUGUUCUUUGGGAAGCUGCUGGUGGUUGGAGGCGUCGGGGUCCUGUCUUUCUUCUUUUUCUCUGGUCGCAUCCACGGACUGGGUAAGGACUUCGAGAACCCCCAUCUCAACUAUUACUGGCUGCCCAUCAUGACCUCCAUCGUGGGGGCCUACGUCAUCGCCAGUGGCUUCUUCAGUGUUUUUAGCAUGUGUGUGGACACACUGUUCCUCUGUUUCUUGGAAGACCUGGAGCGGAACGACGGCUCUCUGGCCCGACCCUACUACAUGUCCAAGGGCCUUCUGCAGAUUUUGGGCAAGAAGAACGAAGCGCCCCCAGGGGACAAGAAGAGGAAGAAGUGAGAGACCUGGCCCUGCCCUGACCCAGGGCUGCACUCCGCCUGAACAGCUGCCCAGCCCCACUCCGACUUCAAGAUUGCGAUUUUGUAGCAAAAAGGUUUUAUUAAAAAUUAAUAUUUUGUUUUCUCGAUCAGACUUUUAUUCCCGCUACGACGCACUGCCUUUUUCCCCGCCUGGCUCUUUAAAGUAGGCCCCGCCCCCUCAGACGCGCCCUAGGCGCUCUGACCAAUAAAAAGGCUCAUGCGGAAUGACGAGUCUCCACCACAGCCAAUCAACUUCGGUCCGGGUCACGCGCUCCGAGCUUUAGGAGGGCCAAUUGGAAAGCG